UGUAUGUUUUGUCUCGGGCAGUGCCCAGCCCAAAAGGGGGUCCUGGGACCGAGCGUCAGUGAACCGUACCAAGGCAUCAGACGGCCGUAUCGGGCCCUGUACGUUCCAGUCCUUGGCACUACAUGGAAAUGCGAAUAAAUAUGUUUACUGUGCGCAGGCAAUUUGACCAUGAGGGACGAACAUUAUCGAGGCAUUAUCGCUAACUAAUGUAUCAUCUGUAAUGUGCCAACUUCAAUCGUUAGUGCUGGUUGUUAAUUGCACUGGCGUGAUAUUCUAGAAACUUUACCGUCAACAACCGUUUCUGAUUUCGAGUUUGCUAGUUCUGCUUCGUUGGGAUUUCUUCAAUUUUACGAUUUUUGAUCUAAUCAUGGACGUGGAUUUGAAAUGGAUCAUUAACGAGGAAGAGAGAACCCGUCAUGACGCUUUGUUCUACAGCCAAAACCCUGAGAAUGGGUUUUUAUCAGGAGAGCAGGCUAGAUCUCUGUUUAUUCGCUCAAGGCUACCACUGGCAGAGCUCAGCAAAAUUUGGAAACUUGCAGAUGUUACAAGGGACAUUUUCUUGGAUGUAUCUGAAUUUGCCACUGCAAUGCAUUUAAUACAAUUACGGCUAAAAGGUUUUGAUAUUCCUGAGAAGCUGCCCUCGACGCUAGCACCAGUGAGGGUCCCUUUUGUUGAAUUACCAACCAUGACAAUAGACGAACGAAAAGCAUACCAGCACAUCUUUGACUGGAAGGAAAACAACCAAUCAGGAUCAAUUGACAGUAUAGAUUGGCAAGAAACCUUCAAAACCAAUGGGCAGAGAAGAAAGGGGAAGGGAAAGAUCAGCAGUUCUGAAACAUCUUGUGAGUUACUGGCUUUGUCAAACUUGGACAAUACAAACCUGUCAAGAAUAUGGAACCUGUCAGAUAUUGAUCGAGAUGUAAAAUUAUCACCUGAUGAGUUUGCUAUUGCAAUUCACUUAGCUCAUCUCUGCAGAAAUGGGUACCAGCUAGAAGGAAGCAUAGAUGUUAUGGGGUUGCUUCCACCUGAGGAUACAAAAGAUACAGAGGAAAUUCAAAAACAAAGAUUAAUAGUGCUACAAGAAGAGAAACGAAAUUUGUUCUCUUUGAAGGAGAAAUUGUGCAUGCAAAUAUCUCUCGGCGUGGGUGAGAAGGACGUCUCGGACAAUGCCCGUUUGGAGCUUAACAAAGUGGAAGAGAGAUUAUACAGCAUCGAAAAGAAGGAGACCGAUCUACGAAAGAUCCUUCAAACGCUUCGAGACAAAUCCAAGAGGGAAGCUUUUAAGCCGUUUGACCGAAACUACCUCGUCAAGAAACACAUCUCUGGCGAGGACCUGUUCAAAGGACAGAAGAGAAGCUUUAAAGGCAACGACGAUGGAGUACUGUUCGAGAGGAUUCUAAGAGACAGCAAACAAUUCGUCGAAGACAGUCGGGCAGUUAACAAGAGUGAUACAGAAUCAUCAUCGAGACAACCACAAGAAGCAGCUCGAGAGGCGGCAUCGAGUGAAACCGCUAGCAACAACUCAACAGCGCACAGGCUCGUGAAUGGCCAACACAACGGAGAACAAUCAGUUAUCACCCGAGAAACCCGUGUAUGCACUGAAUCCAUGAUAUCGAGCGAGCGGACUCUCCACAUCACUCCCCCAACAAGUCACCAAAACAAUAUCAAGGCAUUAGAAGACCACAUAUCCCCAGUUGCUGCUGAGGGGAGAGUCGUGCAAGACGUUGAGCAAGCGCUCCAGUCCCAAGACGACACGCUAGACGAUUCAUUUUCUUGGGUACCUUCAGGCAAGAGAGAAGUCAUCGUCAAAACAGUCGAAGAGGAAGUACUUGUAAAACCUAAACCCUCCGCGCCAAAACCAGAAGAGCCCGUAAUAUUAUUCAAACACGAAUCUAAAAGUUCUGAUCGCGUAGACGAGAAAUUAAGGCAACUAGAGAUCGAGGAAAAUGAAAAGAAAGAUUUUUGUUCGCGCUCGGUUGUAAGACCCGUUGAGGAGGAGGUUAUAGUCGGUGUAGCGAAAACUUCCGAAUCGUCAGCGUCAGAAUUGGAUACAUUAUUUAGUAAAUUGUCCAGUGAAGAGGAAUCCUCCGAAAUGAAUGGAUUAAAUAAUAACGAAAGCCUUGCCCAUAGGAAAGGGCCGAGCCCCCCACCCACGGGUGACCAGGAUAAUUAUAAGCUUCCUGUAGGGCGGGUACUGUCUGAGCAAGAGGAGAAGAACCUGAUAGAAUCGGGUGUGCUGUCAAAGGAGAAGCCUGCGCACUACUACAGAGAGAUCUCCAAGGAGGACAAGCUUUAUAUCGAGGACAUGCGGCAGAAAGAGGCGGAAAGACAGCGAGUCCGCGAAGCGGAAGAGGAAAAAAGAAGGCAGGCCAGAGAAGAGUUACAAAGGAGAGAGGAAGAAAUAAAGAGGGAAAUGUUCUUAAGGAAGCACGCUCUGCAGGAGGUGAAAGGAAAAUUAGAGACGCAGAUGGUCCUGGCGGAUCAAGACGAGGUUCCUGUGGCAACCUCACGUAUGGAGGGUGGUACGCUGAUUGAGCGAGAGCUCGAGGAGCAGAGAAAGAGAGAGGCGGAACAGAGACGCAUGGCACAAGAGAUUAAUACCUUGAAGGAGCAGGAGAAAGAGAAGGAACGAAUGCGAAUAAGUAAGGCUAUGGGCGGGAAGCAGCCAACGGUUAAUAUAGAUUCGGGUAGUAGUGUACCAAUAAACAGGAGACCGCAGAAAGCAGACGCACCGAGUCGCGAUCAUAGAAAAAGCUGGAUCGAUCUUGAAGUGGAGCGGCAGAAAGAGAAAGAGGAAGCACUAAAACAAGAACUUGCUCAGCGAAAACACAGCACACAAUCACAUCACGGCAAUACCAACCAAAAAGGGCAAUCAGCAACGCGUUCAGUUGAGCUCGAGGCGCCUGUCAGUGUUAAGAACGUUGCUGCCGUGCAUUCCCAGCCACAAUAUUCAACAAGGCAGACCAGCAAUACGGCCAAUUCGAACCCUGAAGAACAUAGAAAGCAGAGUGAACCCAUCAGGCCGGUUGUAAACCGAGAGGCGCGCACCGAGGCGCCCGCGUCUUCAACCGGGACGCCAAGGGUGAAGGGUGUGGUCGAGUCAAGUGGGGUACACGUCAAGGUCGAUGAAGUGCCUAGUGAGCGCGAGAGCGACGCGGAGCGACGGAAGAGGGAGGAAAACGAGAGGUUUCGUCAAGAGAGCCUAAAGCGUGAGGCCGAUGAACUCAUGCAGCAAAAACGAAUCCGAGAGGAAGAGCUGCAAAGACGACGCCAACAAGCGCUCCAAGAUGCUGAGAAACGAAAAAGAGAGGAAGAGGAGAGAAUAUCAUUGCAGCGGCAACAGUCCGAAUCAAGGCGGUUUGCCUUUCAGGCGCAUAAGGUUAAGCUAGAGGAGCGUGUGUUGAAGUCGAUGGAGGAUAAACAGGUUCAAGAGUCUAGGCAAAGUCGUAGCUCCAGCACAAGCAGCGAGGAGCCGUUGCAAGUAGCACCGAACGCUCAAAGGCCACCCAAUACGGUAGCCGAAGCAAGCACUGAGCAAGUCGUUAUGCGAGAGAAGCGGCGAAGUGUGCGUGAUUCGUUGUCUUGCUUUGAGGCGCCAAUUAGUAGGGAAGCACCGAGAGAUGUGCGUAAGAACAGGUUCUCUCUCAAUUUAGAAAACACUGUCAAGUCAAACCCAGACGCUAAUAAAAUUGCAAAGACGCAAAGAUCGUCGUUCUGCGGAGAUGGCCUUUUUGCGCGAGAGGUCCAAGAACAGCAAGAAAGGGAACAAGAAUUGCUAAGAAGAGCAAGUGCCCAUCGAGUCCACGAGAACAAAGGCGCCAGAGAAGGUACACCGGAACAUGCGUCUUCCACCGCGCCUAAUGUAAUCUUCAUUCCUAAGGGUAACCCGCCUCCAAAGGACAUGCCGCAAAGAAAGGACUCGCGCUCGUCCUCGUUCAAGGAUCAUGUAGAUGGCCAGCGGGCGGAGCUAGAAGAUAUGUCUGAAGAGAGGAUACUAAGAGAGAUCGAGGAGUUGCGGCAGAAAGAGCUGGAAAUUCAAGCACGGCGAACUAUGCUGGAGAAGAUGGCCGCCCCAACUAUUGCGUCGGCAUCGUCUUUAUCCAGGAAGGAGCUUAGUGAUGUGAAGAAGAAUCCUGUGCCGAAUAAAAUCCAGAUGCGCAAAGCUCCUGUAAUCAACGCUCUUUCUAAACCUGCAGCAGCCGCUGCUCCAAGCAGACAACCUGGUCCUGUCCAGUCCACACCGCCAACCUCCUCCAUGGAACCAAAACCCGCGAUUAAAGAACCGGCGAAGACCGCAUUUUAUCGAAAGAGCUUCAUCGAGUUGGAGCGAGAGAAAGAGCUUCAGCGAGAGGAGGAGCUUAGAAAAGAACGCGAGGCGGUGAAACAGGAGCUAGCGGCAAAGGCGCAGCUACAAAGGAAGUAAUCUUAUACAGGAUGACGCUGGGGUAGAAUCUCUAUUUGCAUGUCAUACGCAUGUCAUGCCAUAGUAGGAAUAUUCUUAAAUUGUUAUCGAAAUAUAUUGGAUAAUAUAGGAUAAAUAUAAUGUAGAGAAGAUCGCAUGUUGCGGUGCAUGCGUGCAGGUAUAUUUAAAUGUUUUGCACGAGAAUAAAGCGUUUUUUAUAAAUCAAAAUAUUCCUUACAAGAAGCGCUAAUCAUAACCUUAUCAAUAGAUAGAUAAAUCUAACCAAAGGUAUCUUUAGCCUUGUUUUCCUACGAGUCUCGUUUUCGUGACAUACAAUGUAUAGGUAUUUUCAGAGCCUCUUCCUGGAUGCAUUGCUUUGGAAAAUAUUUUGAUUAUAAGGACUUUUCUGCGUGUUUUUUUUUUCCAGAAAAGGAUUUAUAAUCAACAUUCAGAAAUAUUUUAACGACUUUGCAGGAUUGUUAUUUUGGCCUGAAAGGAAUCAGUCAUCUAAGAAUAUUUACCUUUUGCUGGCGUCGAAACUAUUCGAUAACGCAAUGUAUUGUGGAUAAGGUGGGUGGAUUCCUGUAUUUUUGGGACGUCACUUCACAAACCACAGGGAGCCCUCGAAAUAGCUGGCGUUAGGGCAUGAUAUGAAUAGAAUCGCAUGUGUUCUACCGUUCAAUGAGGUGUGUUAUAGUUUAUUUUGUAGAUUUGAAUCAUCUUUGAUGGUAUUUUGAUAGUUCUUGUAAAGAAUGGCUAAGCCAAGUACCUGUGUACUGUUUGUAAAAAUAAAUCAACUUCUAUUUC